AGUUCAAACGGAUGGAGGAAGCGACGGCCGAGAGAGUCUAAUACCACCCCUCCUUUUAAAACCCAGCACCCCUCUCGCUCCCUCUGUUUUCUUUCCCUCUCCCCCUGUCUUUCUUUCUCUCUCUCUCGCCGGAUUUCGUCUUUGUCCGUCGAAGAGUCCGCAAGGAUUCUUGCAAGAGAUUUCAGCCUUUGGAUCCGAUGCCGAUCUCGAAUCCCGUGGCCAAGGAGGAUAAGGGGAGAAAGCGGAAGCGGGGGAGCAGCAGCGAGAGCCCGCCCUCGCCGCCCCGGCGGCGGUGGCGGAGCGACGCCGAGCACUGGAUCUACUCCUCGAAGCUUCUGGAGGCUCUGAGGCGUCUCCGCCGCUCCUCGCCGGCCGCGCCGCCAAGGGCCCGGGUCGUCCGGAGGACGGCGGACCGGGCGCUGGCCGCCGUGGCGAGGGGGCGGACGCGGUGGAGCCGCGCGAUCCUCUCCGUCGGCCGCCCGCUCCGAGUGAAGGCCCGGCGACCGAGGGCCGCCGUCGCCGCCGUCCGGCCAAGGAAAGGAGCGACGCCGGCUGUUCCGGGGAGGAUGAGACCGACGCCGACGGCUAUCCGGAGGAGGGCGAGGUUCCUCGGCCGGCUGGUCCCUGGUUGCCGGAAAGCAUCGUUUCCGACGCUUCUAGAAGAGACUUCGGAUUAUAUUGCGGCUCUCGAGAUGCAAGUGCGAGCCAUGAGCGCGCUAGCCGAGAUGCUCUCCGGUUCCAGUCUCGGCUCGGCGCCUCCGAGCUGACUUGACCUGCCGGCGUCUGGAGGUCUCUAUUCUGUUUUAUUAUUUUAUAAUAUAUAUAUAUUUUUUAAUUUUUUCCGUUGCAUGUUAUCGUGUAUAUUGCUUUUUUUUUUUUUUUUUUCCGCUUUUAACACUCUCACUCCGGUUUCUCCCAGCCGGGGCUGCCUGAGUUGAGACCUGAAACGAUGGAAUGGGUUUGUAUUGGUGGAUAUAUGUUUCUCUAGAGCCUAAAUUCAGUGAACUGGAUAUGAAACUAA